AUGGCGCUGCUCUUCAGACAAUCGAUUACGGAAGCCGACCAGCCGCAGGAGGCGAGUUCAGCGUCGUGUGCAUUGUGCAGCGUGUUCGGCGAACUUCGGGUGGAGUACGAAGACAUCCGAAAGGUCCUCGAGUGGCGGUGGAGUGACAGGCCUUCAUCCCGUGGAGUCCACGAAGUGGACUUGGGGGAAGUGGUGCCAAGUCCAACAGAACAGCUGUGGGAGUACGGCAACUUCGGAGGCGAAAUUACUCCAGCCUUUCGCAAGAAGCAUGUAUUUAACAGUUGGAGAAGCAUAGAAGGUGGCGAUAAUGCUGUGCCAAAGUUUCCUCACCGGAAACAGCCGCCUUUGGGCCCAUCACAACUCCUCCUCCUCUUGCGGAGAAGUGAUAUAGUGUCGUCUCAGAAAGGAAAGUGA